CCCGUCAUAUGAACCAAACAUACGACGUGUUCUCCCCACCAAACCACUAGUUCUUCGAUCACCCCCUCCGAUCUUUUUAGCUUCCUCCAACCCCUCGCAUUCACGAGGGGGAGGAGGAACUAAGAAGACACCUUGGCUUCCAUGGUUCCAGCGGAUCCACCGAAACCAGAUCGUACGCAAGACGCAGGACCCCGCCGCGAGCUGGUGGUAUCAUCCGACGAUCCUGAGAUGAAGAACUCGGAGCCAAACGUCGGCUCCUCGACAAACGAGCAUGUCACGGCGGAGAUCACCAAGGAGUGCACCAACUCGGGCGUGGUCGAAGAGAGCGGGCGAGAAAGGCUGAAGCGGCACAGGACCGAGAUGGCCGGCCGGGUCUGGAUACCGGAGAUAUGGGGCCAGGAAAGCCUGCUCAAGGAUUGGAUUGAUAGCUCGGUCUUCGACCGGCCGCUCGUCCCCAAGGGCUUGGUGUCAGCCAGGGAAGCUUUGGUCGAGGAGUGCCGUCGGACGAGCUCAGGCUCGCGGAGGAUAAAGAAUCCAUGCUAAGUGUUUGAUUGUUUUGUUCGAUCAUCGUCUUCUUCCCCUUUGUUCCGAGCAAAUGCCUCUCCUUCGAUCUCCCCCUCGCUAUCGUGCUGAAUGAAGAACAAAGAGCAUGAGGGUGAUUACGUAGUCAGAUAGUCUCUUUGUUUAAUGGCAUCAUUGGAAAGAGUCCAGUAUUCAUUACAUAUGCGUUUGUUGCUUGAGUAGUAGCAGAGAUCUCGACAUGGUGUUUUGCUGCAAGUGUGCAUCGAGACAUUUAGUUGUGUUGUAAGAUUAAUGGUGGUAUUUUCUGUAAUGAUAUCUUCGCUGAGACAACUAA